AUGGACGCCCUCCUCGCCUCUGCUGGGCCGAUGCGGCAAACCAAGCGCAAGCGCCCAACUCACGGCAAGGGUGCUGCCUCCGCGCACAAGACUGUCGACCGCGGACCCGACAAGGAGGCCGUCGACCCGUCGCUCAACUCGAUCCUGACGACCACGCGCAUUCCGGGCUCGUUCCAGGCCAAGAACCUGGCGUCGGGGUCCGGUGCUACUCCUCUUCGACCAGACGCUGCCGUGGGCAAGAUUGCCGACAAGAAGCUCCGUGCCAAGGUCGCCAGGAGGGAUGUCGCCACUAAGCGUGCCACUGCCGAGCGCUUUGACGUCAACGAGUGGCUCAACGCACCGAUGUCUGGUGGCCAGGGAGGAAUUGAGGCAGACGAGGAGGCUGGCGAGAGGACGUGGCGUGUGGGGCAGGACGAGAUUGUGGCCGAGGUCGGAUCUGCGGCUGCUUCCAAGCGCUUCGACCUCAAGCUGGACGACAUGGGCGACUACAAGAUCGACUAUACGCGCAACGGCCGUCACCUCGCCAUUGCUUCGUCCAAGGGUCACGUUGCCACGUUUGACUGGCAGGCAGGCAAGCUGUUGUCCGAGAUCCAGCUCCGCGAGGCUGUGCGUGACGUCAAGUUCUUGCACUCUGAGAACUUUUACGCCGUCGCCCAGAAGAGAUACGUCUUCAUCUACGACCACAACGGUGUCGAGCUGCACAAGCUCAAGAACCACAUUGACCCCACACACAUGGAAUUCUUGCCAUACCACUACCUGCUGGCAACAGUCGGCCACGCUGGCCACCUCAAGUACCAUGACACGUCGACCGGUGUCAUGCUCACCCAGACCGCCACGCACCUCGGCUCGCCCUCGUCCAUGGCCCAGAACCCGCACUCUGCCAUUGUCCAUCUCGGCCACGCCAACGGCACCAUGACCCUGUGGUCGCCCAACCUCACCACUCCGCACGUCAAGCUGCUCGCCCACCGCGGUCCCGUGGCUGGCAUCGCCGUUGACCCGUCCGAGGGCAGCGCGGGACGCUACUGCGCCACUGCCGGCAUGGACGGCACCGUCAAGAUCUGGGACGGACGUAUGUGGGGUAAGGAGGUGCGCUCGUGGACUGUUCGCAACUCGCCAUCCACCCUGAGCUACUCUGGCCGCGGUAUCCUCGCUGUUGGCGGCCGUUCGGGCAUCACCACGUACCGCGAGCCCAACAAGAGCAGCAAGACGCCCGCACCCUACCUCACCCUCCCUCUCCCCGGUCUGGCCGCCAGGUCGGUCAAGUUCUGUCCCUUUGAUGAUGUGCUCGGUGUCGGCCACGGACGCGGUAUCUCGUCCAUGCUGGUGCCCGGAUCCGGAGAGGCCAACUUUGACUCGGGCGAGGCGGACGUGUACGAGUCGUACUCGCGUCGCAGGGAGCGCGAGGUCCGUUCCGUCAUGGACAAGAUCCCCUCAUCCCUCAUCACCCUGGAUACCGACUACCUCGGCCACAUUGCGCCCGACAAGGGCGGCGAGACGCACGCCGAGCGCGAGGGCCGUUCGUUCCGCAAGCUCAACCGUCUCGAGCGCCUGCAGGUCAACGGACAGCAGGAGGAAGGCAUCGUCGGCGGGCUGGAGAGCGACGGCGAGGACGCCGACACGCCCGCCGCACGGGAGGAGAAGAAGAAGCGCAAGAUGCGUGGCAAGGGUACGGGUAUGAAGCGCUUCCUCGCAAAGAAGAAGAAGAACGUCAUCGACCCUUCGCUGGUGAGUUUUUGUCUGCAGCAGCCCCCUUCCCCCCGUCCUGAACACUCGUUUGGUUUGCUGACAUACCGUUUUCUCCAGAUUGCCGUCCGCGAAAAGGUCGAGGCACAGCAGCGCGCCGACGAGAUGGAGCGCAAGGUCGCGCGUGGCGAGGUGGUCAAGGAGACGGGCGCUCUGGCGCGCUUUGGAUAG